CCCUCGAUUUUAUAUUUUUAUUUCACGAGGAAAUUCAAAAUCGCGAAGCCUAGACUCGCGCGGUAAUCUGGAUUCUGGGCUUCCUUUCCCUCUUCCAGAGCUCGUUUCUUCACAAUUCUCCAACAAUUUUCCAUAUCCAUCUUCUAAACCUCGAAUCCUACAAAUGGACCGGCAAAGAUCUCCGGUCGUCUGUCCGGAGAACGAAGACAUUGCCACCUUUAUGUGGCAGAAGCGGCUAGAAAUGGCGGCGACACCCAAAGGAAUCUCUGACAAAGUCGAUAUGACUCUGUACAAAGCUUAUUUCAAUGUCUGCAACUCCAAGGUCCCCAUUAAGUCCAUGAAGGAUCUCUCCCAGAUCAAAGGCGUAGGGAAGUGGAUUCUUAAACAAGUACACGAUUUUUUCAAGAAUGGGUCUGAAGGUUCUGGACCUGAGGAAUUGGUGGGAAAAGGUAAGAAAACAAAGGGGACCAAACGCUAUGUUCCACAGAAGAAUUCAGUUGCAUAUGCCUUAUUGAUCACUCUUUAUAGGGGUACAACAAAUGGGAAUGAAUACAUGCGUAAGCAGGAGCUUAUUGAUGCAUCUGAAGCAAGUGGUCUUUCUAGGGUGGCGAUUGCGCCAGAAAAAGGUAAAGGAAAACCUAGUCAAUUUGGAAGCUCUCCAAGGGAUUGGUACAGUGGAUGGAGCUGCAUGAAGACAUUGAUAUCCAGGGGAUUAGUGGUGAAAUCUAAUUGCCCAGCGAAAUACAUGCUUACAGAGGAGGGGCAGCAAGUGGCACGUGAAUGCCUCAUGAGAUCUGGACUGUUAAGUUCUACAAAGAACGUUGAUAACACAAAAGGAUCCUCUAUUCUUGAAUCAUGUGAUAUAUCUGAUCACAGUGCUAAUUCUCUUGAUUCAGAUGUAGAAGUGACUUCACCAACUGCUAUUAAGAGUAGUCAGAACAAAUCAACCGAUGUGCCCCUUGAAUCGCUUGAGAGGUUUAUGCGCAUGGGCUACUCUAAGCAUCAAGUUCUUGAUUCCUUUAAAGAAGUUUCAGAGGAUAACCCGAACAAGGAUAUCUCAUCACUUUGGCCAGCAGUUUUAUGUCGUUUACGUGAAGAUCUUGUUUACGGUCAAGUAGAAGCGGUUGGAAGAGAAAAUAGGUUGACGAGUUCAUCUUCUUCUCAUGACAGGAAUGGGCCAAAGAUUGUUGUUAACGAUAAUGGAGAGAGAUUCUUUAACUUGAGAGCUUGCUCAUCAUCUAAUCCUUCCAUCAGUAGCGAAUCCUGUAGAGAUGGCGUCAAAGCAAAUAUGAACAUCUUGAGCAUGCCACCUUUGAGCUUUGGUGAGAAAUUUGAAGAUUCUUAUAACGUAGUCCUGAUAUUAGAUGAUCGAGAACAGUUUGCCAACCACAGUUCUCGGUCUAGGAGAAUGAUUGAGAAUAUCUGUAGCCAAUUCAAGAUCCAGAUUGAGAUUAGGAGGCUACCUGUUGGUGAUGGAAUCUGGAUAGCUCGCCAUAAACAUCUUGAUAAUGAAUACGUUCUUGAUUUUAUUGUUGAGAGGAAAAAUAUUGAUGAUUUGCGGUGCUCAAUCAGGGACAAUCGCUAUAGAGACCAGAAAUUAAAACUUUUGAGAUGUGGGCUUAAAAGGAUGAUAUAUCUUGUGGAAGGUGAUCCCAAUUCAUCUGAAGCGGCAGAAAGCAUCAAAACAGCUUGCUUUACAACAGAGAUUUUAGAGGGAUUUGAUGUGCAAAGAACCAGUGGCUUGUCAGAUACACUAAAGAAGUAUGGUUAUCUUACUCGUGCAAUUACACAAUACUACAUAUUACAGGCAUCUGAUGAGCGUCUUAGUCAUUCUGAUGUCUGUCCUCGUCUCAAUGAAUUUAUCAAAAAGUGCCAAGAAUUGGAUAAGAUGACGGUUAGUGAUGUUUUUGCGCUUCAGCUCAUGCAGGUCCCACAGGUUACGGAGGAGGUUGCUGUUGCUGUUUUGGAAUUGUACCCUACUCUUCUAUCACUUGCCCGAGCAUACUCUCUUUUAGACGGUAAUGUUACUGAACAAGAAGAGAUGCUAAGGAGACAGAGCAACAAUUUGAUCAAUGCAGGUGCUAGCCGGAAUAUUUUUCAUUUAGUAUGGGGCUGCGGGAAGUAGUUUGCAUAUAUCCGCCUCUCUCUUUACCUUGAUGGCUGAGUUUUUUAGUCGCGGCUGUAAAUAUGCUUCUCAUUUAUUUUAAAUGCCAUAUUCAUAUGCUAUAGUUUUCCCAGGGUUGCUUGUGAUUGUACAAUCUGACGAAUUAAAUAGGCUACUUGGUUUCUUUCAAGUUUGAGAAGUGUCUAGCUAGCGAAAAGUCGAAUUUUAUUGGUGAGAUGAAAGAAAGUUGCAUCAAGUUCUCUAGCUAUUAGCUUUUGUGAAUGCUUGGAGAGUUUCAUUAUCGGGAUAAAGUUACAUCUCUCUUUCUAAU